AUGAUGAUUGAUGAUGAAGCCUUGGGAUUCAUUGCCAACUCUCUUGGCAUUUUCGUCUUUGCUUUGAUUAUAGCAUAUCACUUGGUCAUAGCCGAUCCCAAAUAUGAACCCAAUUAG